AAUUUAUAUGCAGGGGACUCUGUAUUUUGUAGCUAGCAAAAUCAUCAGUGGUUGACAUCUCAUUCAAUUGCCUGCUGUCAUACUUGUUGUCAUCAUCAUCACCAUCACCAUCAAAAACGGUCAAACCACAUCUGACCUUUGAAACUCUAACAUCAGUAUGCAUAUUCUCCAUACUGUUAUUUAUACCUUUCCUGAGGUGUGGACAAGGAGAAUUUGUUGAACAAUCAAGAGCUUCUUUUGUUUGUGAUCAUUUCUUCUAUUCUCGUAACCAUAUAAUGUUUGAUUCAGGGGAGAUAUUGUAAGGAGAAAUUAGAUGCUAGUCACUCCAAGCAGUUGAAAGGUUAGCAAACAGCAUCUAGCCAGCUGACAUCAAGUCAAAGUCUCUGUUAGGUCAAUGGUCUCCUGUAUCACAACUUAAUUAAAUAUAUUUUUCUGAUAUAUACCAAAAGUAGCUUUUGAUCUAUCAUCAUUGUAAUCUCUGCAAUUUAAAGGCUUAUGACAACAUUAAUAGUUAGUGGGUUUUGGGGGCUAUUUUUGCACGCCAUAAAACAAUGUGAUUUUUGGAGAGAGAUGAUUUUUGUUUUGUCUUAUGGAUGGGACCAGAAAAAUAUCCUGAGUCCUCAUGGGGAAUCAAACUGUAGACCAUCAGACUUAAGGCUCUGAUGCUCUACUAACAAGCCACAGAGAACAUACAACAAGCUACACCAUUACUAGAUUCAUAUGUGACAUGUCCUGCAAACUGUGAUGAUCAGCAGUUUAAAAAGUCAAGAACAGCCAUGACCCUCCCACGUGAGCUGCAAUUUUAGUGAUUGCAGAAAAGAAACCUGCAAACAAAUUAAGACUUUGAUGGGAUUCUAAACCCAUUCCUCCCAGAUACUAGUUGGGUCAAAACUGAAUUUGAGUUAGUCCCCACAGGCUCCUGUAACAGUUGCUGUCAGACAAACUUGACUGUAGUAUGCUUUGGCACCUUGCUAAUAUUAGCCAUCAUACUUCUCAUCAACCUAACCGGGGGGGAAGGAAGGAAUAGUAAAUCAAAACAAACAUAUCUUGACUCUCCCCAGGUCUCUUCAUUAGUCUUUCGUUUCUUACGUCUCGUGACCAAAAUGGCGACUAAAUCAGGAUCAUAGGUACCAAGCAGGAACUUCUCUAUUGAAUUAGUCGCCAUGCCUGUUCAAACCUACAACAUUCCACUAGUGUUACCGAGUCUUCGAAGAGAAGAAUCGAUUAACCAAAUUGUGGAUUCGUUGGAAUAUUUGGAGAAAGUGUCUAAAGACAUAUUCACCCGAAUCAGCAAUCGAGUUGCGGAAAACAAGAAACGAUUAGAGGCCAUAAAUUAUCGGGCUGAUUUGGCACAAGCCAGAAUCGAUAAAAUAAAGGGGAUCAAGAAAGCUACGAGGGUGUUUUCGAGUGCGAAAUACCCAGCUCCGGAGAAACUUGAGCCGUAUGAAACGCUGUAUUCUGAAGAAAAUGAAUUGUCUGAAAUAAAGCGUCAAACGUACAACCUGAAUUCGAAGUUUGUCCCAGUUGAUGAACGAACAUUGAAGGAUAAACUGCAAUUCUACAAUGUACACUUGAAUGUUAAGAAGAAACAGGACGAAAUGAAAGGGGAAGGGCUGGGUUCCCUUCCGAAGAAUCUUCAUUCCGUCAGUUCGUUGUUGCUUUUCAAUACUACUGAAAAUCCGUACAAGAAGUAUGUCAUGUUAGAUCCGCUUGCCGGUGCGGUUACCAAAACAAGGGCCAACAUUGAAGAAGACGAGGAAGACAUCGGAGCAGCACCCAUUUCCAUCACUCAAGGAGAAGCGCUCGACAGAUUGACAGCACAAAAUUACUUCUACGUUCCAAACUUGGGAGAUGUACCGGAGAUUGAUGUACCUGUGUACCUUCCGGAUCUUCCUGGGAUUGCAGAUGACCUCUCUUACAAUGCAGAGCUUGGUCCUUCCAUAGCACCAUCACUACCUGGUUCAAAUAUACCUGAAUUACCUGAUGUCCUGGAGGGAGAAAUACCACAGACAGAAGGAGCCCCUCCUCCCCCUCCAGCACCUGGUCCAGCUCCCUCACCCCCUCCGCCACCACCUCCUGGACCUGAUGCUCCACCGCCCCCUCCUCCCCCUCCUCCUCCACCUCCUCCAGGACCGGAAUCAGCACCUCCCCCUCCUCCUCCCCCUCCAGUGGAUGGCUCCUCAGGAGCUCUUCCCACCGAUGUCCCUGCAGCAGUAGCAUCUGAUGGUAGGGCAUCUUUAAUGGAAUCCAUUCGCAAAGCAGGUGGCAAGGGCAAUGCUAAAUUACGUAAUGUAAAGGAGAGAAAGCUGAAGAAAAAAGCAGAGAAAGAGCAGUCUGCCGUCAGUGGUGGGGGAGGAGGUGACCUCAUGGGUGACCUCUUUGCUAAGCUGUCCAUGCGUCGAAAGGGUAUCUCCGGGUCUAAAGGUGAAUCUGGUGGAUCAUCUGAAGUGUCCACGGGUGGAGGCUCUGCAAUGGACAGGAUCUCAGCAAUGAUUCCGGCUCCUCCAAAGAGUGAUCGCACAGAUUCUUUGCAUUCAGGGGGAAGUGAUGAUUGGGAUUAAUAAGUAAUCAAUCACUAAUUCUCAAUCUUGGCCUGAUCAUCUUUAUCUUGGACAGUUGCUUUAUACUGUAAGAAGUGGAUUUUUGCAAAAGAGUAGAGAACAUAAAAUGAUUUUGUUUACUUUUUUGGGGUGUAAUGUCAUAUCACAGACUAGAAAUUAAAAUUUUUCAAUUUGACCCUUGUAAAAAAGGAAAAUCUUCUCUGUUGUGUUAACAAUAAAGAAGCAAGAAGGGGAAAUGGCUUA